AUGACAAACAAGGAGGGACAGAAGAAAAAUGUCAGUAGUUCUCUGUGGUCAGACAUAGCAAAGUCAGAAGACAACGGAGAAACCAGCAACAACCCAACAAACAACAAACAAACUGGAAAAAAGACAGCUAUGAAAAUAAUCGGUAAAAAAGUUUCAAAUGAUUGCAAACUGAAGGCAGAUAAAAUCUCAAUGAAAAAAUCUGUGUUCUGUUUAAGCAACGUCAGCAAGUGCCACAGAAAUGAUGUGAUGGCCUACCUAACCGACAAUGGUAUCCAUGUUGUUUCCUGUUAUCCCGUACUCAAACAACUCAAUAAAAUGGCACCAGCUUCUACAGCCGACGUCAAUAACAAUAAUAAUAGUCAAACUGAGAAUAAAAAAACAGAUGAAGAAGAAUCCAGUACGUUUAGAGUUUGCAUCGAUAGCUCUGAUUCUAAGAAAAUGAAAGACCCUGACAUAAUGCCCCAGCACAUUAUAGUACGCGAGUGGCAAUUCAAUAAGAAACCAGAAACAAUUGUCGAUCAAACAAAAAAAGAUGGAUAG